AAGCAAGGAAUGACGGCGAGCGGACCAAUUUUAUUCUUGGGGCUCUUUUUUAGCGGCCGACUGAUUUCGGCGCAAAAUUGCGAGGACAAAAUCGAGUGCGUCAGAAUUUGCGCCAAAGAAUUGGCUGAGAAGUUUGCCCUGGAGCUGGCGAACGACGAUGUGCCUUUGAUCAUGAACAUUUCGUACUCUGAGAAGGCCAACUUCAUCCUGGAGAGAAAUGCGAGGUGCCCACCUGAGCAGACAGAGUUCCUGCUCGACCCUGCCAACAACACCAAGGACGUUUUCAAAAUUCACUACAACGGAUCCAUUAGUUAUCCGAACGAUGACGCACUGGCCCACUAUCCAGCCCAGACCUACUGCAUCGUCCCUCAGAAGGACUCGCAACUCAGGGUGAUCGAGUGCGGCGAGGAAGAGGCGGCCGAGAAAUGUGAAGAGCAGAACGUGUUUGACGAAUUCAAGUUCUCGGCGUACCCGUGGGUCUUCGGCACGAGCGCCUUCUUCCUGGCGGCCACCGUGGCCGUGUACCUGAGCGAGUGCGGCAAGAUGACCUUCCAGACGACCGCCAUCACCUGCCACUCGUUCUCUAUGCUCGUCUACUUCGUCGGCUUCAACGUCGCCUACACCAAAACUUACUACGUACAAGUGUGGCACUGCCAGGCACUAGUGUUCAUCAACUACUUGUCGUCGAUGGCCUCGUUCUCGUGGAUGACCGUCAUCUGCGCCGACAUCUACGCCAUGUUCAAAAAGUUCUACUUCCGGUCGCAGUGCCAGAAGAUGGUCAUCUUGGCCACCUUCGCGUGGAUCCUCCCUCUGCUGCUCACCGCCAUCUUGUGCGUCUCCUACUUUUACUUCCAACACGAAUUCAGAGAAUGGAAACCUGUCUUCGCAAUUACAAAAUGCUGGUUCGAGACUGAAGAGAGCCGAUUGUUGUUCUACACGGCGCCGAUGGCGGCGCUGUUGUCGCUGAACUUGAUCAUGUUCGGGUCGUCGUGCGUGCGGCUGCGGCGACUGCAGCGGCAGUGCGACGUACGCGGCGCCGAAAGCCGCGUGUUCUGCGGCGACGUGCGGCGCCGCUCGAGCCGCGUGCUCGCCUUCAAGUUGUUUGUGCUGAUGGGCGUGCCGUGGACCUUCGAGGUCCUCUCCGACCUCGCCGACUUCUUCGCCGUCGACGCCUUCAAAGCCGUCUUUGUCGUCGCCGACCUCGUCAACGGCCUCAGGGGCGUCCUCAUAUUCUGGGUCUACGUGUGGUCCAGCACCAACGGCAGGGCCAAACUCGGCCGCCUCCUCGCCACGCUCCACAAAAUGACCAAGUGACCGAAAAGGAAUCCCGAGAUUCACAACGAUUCCUAAAUUCAUUUGUUUGCUUUAAAAAAAACUAAAAAAUUAUGUGAUUCGGCGAACAAGAUCAUAGCAAAAGGUCAAAGUUUUAAGACUCGAAAUAAAACUGCCAACAGAUCCUUUUUCAAUUUUAAAGCGAAUGACGGCGAUCUAAAAGGCAAUUCGAUUUGACUGGAGGGUUAAUUUAGCCCGCAUUAAGUUUGGCUUUUGGAUCGGCCUCGUCACUUUUUAGAAACGUUAUCUUUGUUUUGAAGUUUGAAAUGUAAAUUCGUUUUUUUUUUACUUAAUUGUCAUCAUUAAAAGUUGACACUAACUUUUUUUAACUGCAACAAAUUAUUACAAAUUACGUUGUAACGAGAUCGUGGAAAGUGAAUCAUGUAUACUUAAUAAAAGUGACGCUUAAACCCGAUUCGAAAGAUUUGAAAUAAACUUCUGACUUUGUUUUCACGAUGAAAAAAAAAUUGCCACUGAAACUUCCUCGGCUUUUUUAAAAAGGGUUAUUUUGCCGCGCCGAAGAAAAAAUAAAGCUGUACGAUGAUAAAUUGGAGUUGUGCGUGCGAGCGAUCGAGCUGAGCCAAAAUUAAGGCGGCCUGAGAUUUACGGCGUUGAACGCGGCUCGACUCGUUGUAAACGCCGAUUUGCCGCCAGAUUGAAGAUGCUGCACUGCGAAAACUCUCAAAACAAUUAAUUUAGCACCAAAAGUUGAAAAAGUGGAGCAUCCUUAAUUUGGCAUUUUAUAAUUUUCCGCACAAGAUAACAAGAUUUUUUAACCGCUAAGAAUACACGAUUUUUUCCUCUUUUUCUUAUCGCACUUUAUUAGGCUAGGAUAAUUCGUCAGUACAAGGAAAGCGAGCAAGUGCAAGAUAACUCGGGGUCGCUAAAGGUCGAUUCAUCGCGAUUAGAAUAAAAGCAGAAAACACGUCGCGAUCGAACCAUGGCCGCGCUUCACCUCGCUCUGCUUCUCAAUUUCAUCUCGGCCGCGUGCGCUUAUGACGUCCCGCGCUACGAUUAGAAUUUGCUCGCGAGGCGUGGUUUCAAAGCACAACCUGAGUUUGUCAAGCGACCUUUCUUUGACGCGGGUCAACGUGUCCAGCCAGACGGUCCUUCUGCACUCGAGUUUCCGCGUCGAGAGAGGGAGCGAGUGCGGGGAGGGGGCGAGUUCGACGCUCCUGCGGCCGCACCUGCGAACUCACGACCAGUUCCAAAUCUUGGCCAACGGCUCCAUCCACUACUCGCACUACGACGACACCGCCACCUUUUUGCCUCAAACCUUCUGCCUCAUGCCCCAGGAUUCGGGCGCAGUGGAGGUGAUCGAGUGCGUCGCAGAAGUGGAAAAGGAGCCUCCGCUGAAAUUCGACUUUUUGCCGAUCCCAGUUUAUAUACAUUGAGCGGCGCUGGUGUGUGUCGAGACUGGUCGAGACCUUUCACGAAACAAUUCCUCUCACAAUUGCUGACAAAAAUGAGAAUGGCCAGGCCAGCCCGCAUUAUAUCGUAUAAAUAUUUUGUCGACAAAGUGGCCAAAUUAUUUCCAAGUGAUAGUUUAUUAUCCCGUGUUUUUCUUUUUAGGAAAAUCAUCUCGCCCAGGCUACUCUUAUACUUUUGCGAUCCGUCUGCUGCGGCAGGAAUUUUCUUUCCUUGGCCCAGAAUGGAAAAAAGAUUCAAAUUUGGUCAGUAUUUGGAAUUUGAGUUUCCGCAGAAAAAAAUCACUAUUUCUUUUGUCAGAGCGCAGCCAAGGAAGAAUUUUAAACCAAACCUCAAAUUCCUAAACAGUAAUUUAAUUUAAUUUUAAUUUUCAAAAAGAUUUACAAAGUUUUGCAAUCGCGACUCAAAAAUCAACUCCACGAAAGCUUGAAUUGCAAUUCGUGACAAUUAAGCGCCAACUUAUUAAUUCUUUUAUUCCAUCAAUCAUUUUCCGACUCGAGUAAAUCUGGUUCUUUUCGUGUCUUCGUCCUAGAGAUGGAUGCAAAGGUGGAAUCUGUCCUGCUCCAUUUUAGAGAAAGACCUGCAGGACAGGGACUCGUACUCUGCCAGUGUUCCUAAGUUGACUGAAAGACGGCCCUCCUUUCUUUUUGGUGACUCAGUUCAUGUGAAGAAUGUUUAGAGGAGGACCUGUUUACGAAGGAAUUGUGCAAGCAACUAUGCAAGAAAAAGUCCGCUUCAGGCUAAACUCGUCUUUAAUCUCUCCCGAUUGUAGCAACGUGCAGCACCCUGCCCUUGUCUUCAAUAACAACUCUUUGGCCAAACAAACAAAUUUUAUGAAAUUUAAAUUGUUUAAAGAAAUUUUUAACCCUUGUUAAAUCAUUUUUGUUAUUACUUUUGGGAAAAUGAAUUAACUAAAUCGAUAGAAAUGAAUUGCUUUUAUUUUAAUUAUUGUGGCAGGUAUUGAAUAUUGAAAUAUAAACCUGAAUUAUUUCAUUAAAUAAAACGAACAUU